GCACGUAGAGCACUCAAGACUGCCAGUGAUAUAUGUUCAAAGUCCACUCGUCGUAUCGUAUUAAAUGCUCAGUCGGUCAAAUUCAAAAUGGCGAAGCGGGUGGCGAUCAUCGGGGCUGGGUGUAGCGGUCUCACUGCAAUCAAAUGUUGUGUAGAUGAAAAUCUGCAGCCGUUUUGUCUCGAGCGAACAGACGAGCUCGGGGGAUUAUGGAAUUUCACGGAAAAGGUCCGCGAGGAUCAGGGGUGCGUGAUGAAGUCAACUGUCAUCAACACAAGCAAGGAGAUGAUGUGUUUCAGCGACUUUCCUAUACCCAAAGAGUUCCCCAAUUUCAUGCACAACACUCAGGUAUGGCAGUAUUUCAAGAUGUAUGCAGAUGCCUUCAACCUGACAAAACACAUCCAAUACAACAAAGAGAUCCUGGCCGUGAAGAAGUCAAGUGACUACGAGCAGACCGGAAGAUGGGAUCUGCAGAUCAGAGAUCACAAGACCGGAAGUGAGGAGACACAGGUAUUUGACGCGGUGAUGGUGUGCACGGGUCAUCACGCCAGCAGGAACGUGCCGUACUUCACAGGUCAAGAGGACUUUCAGGGGAAGAUCAUUCACUCUCACGACUACAAAGACUGGACCGGGUACGCUGGGAAGAGGGUCGUAGUUGUCGGUGUCGGCAACUCAGGCGGGGACGUGGCUGUGGAGCUGAGCAGGGUCGGGCAGGUGUUUCUUAGCACAAGGCGUGGUACCUGGGUACUCAACAGAAUUUCGGACAAAGGUAUCCCCGUAGACUUUUUGCGCUCAACGCGUUUCGUCAAUAAGAUCCGACACUCCUUGUCAAGGGAAACCAUGAGCGGCAUAGCUCAGAGACAGCUCAACAAACGUUUCGACCACGAGCUGUACUCCUUGAAGCCUAAACACUCGGUGUUUGCUCAACAUCCUACAGUUAACGAUGACAUGCCCAACAGAAUCUCGACUGGUCGCUUAAAGAUCAAGGCUGACAUUAAGAGGUUCACCAAGACUGGCGUGGAGUUUGUUGACGGGACGGUGGAAGAUGAUAUCGACGUUAUCAUACUGGCUACAGGAUAUAAAUUCGGCUUCCCGUUCAUAGAUGAAUCUGUGAUCGACGUUCAGAAGAAUAAGGUCAAGAUGUUCAAAUAUAUGUUUCCACCUGACCUACCGAAACAGACAUUGGUGGUGAUUGGUUGUUUUCAGCCUCUCGGCGCCAUUAUGCCUAUUGCAGAAUUGCAGUGUCGCCUGGCAACCAGAGUGUUCGCAGGCACGUGCAGCCUCCCGUCGAAGUACGAGAUGUGGGCGGACAUUGGGAAGAAAGAGGCGAACAUGGCAGCGAGAUAUGUCGAGUCCCAGCGUCACACCAUCCAGGUCGACUACGUCGACUUCAUGGACGAGCUGGCAGAACUUGUUGGAUGUCGACCAGCCAUAGGCCGUCUUCUGCUGACUGAUCCGCAACUUGGACUCAAGUGCUAUUUCGGCCCCACCACCCCCUACCAAUUCCGCCUGAGGGGGCCGGGUAUUUGGUCGGGGGCCCGGGAGGCCAUCAUGACCCAGACAUACAGGAUGGAGUACCCCUUUAAGACCAGACCUCUGCCUGAAGGAACACAGACACAGUCGUCCCACAGACUCCUCACACUGGUUCUGCUGGUGGUGUUCAUUGCCGUCCUUUUACCAACUGUUCUUUUAAAGAGUUGUGACGAGUUUAUAGAGUAUUUUGUGGUUGUGUAAGUCUUAGUUAUAUUCAAAGAUUUACGUUAUUUACACAGGUGAUCACAAACUUCGUUUCCAAUAUCAGGGAACUCUUUAGGAAAUUUUAUGGAUGACAACUUCAUUAUCUUAAGGAACUCAACAUUUCGGAGUACAUUUUUACUCCUUCAUUCGGUAAAAUGCAAAGAUUUAUAAGUACCAAAAAUACUUUUGUUGUUACAUAUAAAUCUCUCUGCAUCUUAGAUUUCAUUCAUGUCUAAAUACAGUUGAAAUAUUUGUAACAACAGCGGCAGUCCUCUGAAAUCGAAAUAACAUUUAUCUUUACCUUUCACCUUCUCAGGCAGACAUAUUCCAAGGUCAGGGAAAGGUCAUAAAACUUGUAUGAUCCGGAAUCAACUGGAUUACUGCUGAAAUCUUCGUCCCGCUUCCACCUAUCGUUGAUUCAGAAAUGAUGCUGAAUUAUAUUUUCAUUAAAAUAUGUAUUCAUGAAGUAUAGGAUGUUAUGAUAUAAUGUUUUAAUGAUAUACCCAUACCGGUACUUAAGAUAUACAAAGACAACCCCAUGUUGUUUUCAAUGGUCACAGUUGAUUUGCCAUGGUUGAUUGUCACAUUGUUACUGCCACACAUACCCUUAUAAUCAUGGUGUUCCUUCAUAUCAUUCGUGAAGAACUCGUGUUAUUCCGGGACAAGCCGAAUACUUGCAGAUUACGGAAAGGGGCGAGUGGUGACGAAUGCCUUCAUAUGCCAUCACCCGCUUUGUGAAACGGCAGAUUGUAGGAUGUCCAUAGGCGGAUCCGGCGGGUGGGUGUGGGUGCUCAACAACCCUUCGGUCCUGAAAGUUUAUCAAAUGACCAUUGAAACUUUCGUGAAAACGGGUGACAAUAUGAACUGUGCACCCCACCCCACCCCCCUUUCUCAUAGAGCUGUAUCCGCCCCUGAUGUCCGUCCGUCCAUCCGGAUUUCCGCUCCACGGAUCGGUCUUGGGGUGAAACUGCACCUUGUGAUGAUUUCUAAUAUUGAAACAUAUUGAUCAGCAAUAUACCUUUCAGUGGACGUGGAUGCCCAAUGUCAAUUAGGGUUUGAGAAGCCGAACUUCAUCAGACUAGCGGGGAAUAAGUCCCCAUGCGCGUUCAGUGUGGCCGUUGAAUUCAUCUUGCCGAAUCACAACAAUGGCAUGACCUCUCAUGAUAGUGUAAUCAGCAGGGCAAAUUUGCAUGUCACGAGACAAUAGAGGAAACGUGUGUACCGUUAUUCAAAUGCCUGUGUUACCAUGGGAACAAUACCACAAUUUGCAUAUUUUAACCAAGUCGCUCAUGGAAAUUUUACUUAUUUUUAUACGAAAAUAUCAAAUGAAAAUGUAAGCUAGAGAAAAUUGUGAUAUCUUUAAAUUUGUAUUUGCUCAAAUAAAACCACGACAAUGUUAA